GUACAAUUACUAUAAUCUUCCACAGCCUUUCAGAAUAAGGAACCCAGCUUAGAAGCCAGGCAUCUACAGGAUGAAAGCUGCCUUUGUGCCUGGGCAGACCCUGUGUGCAAGUCGGACAUUAGGUAUACAGAAGUGAGUUCUUUACGUGGCGGGAGAAGAAGUCAAAGGAAAACUUCGAUGCUCAUCUCCUUUAAGAUCCUGCUGAUUUUUGCCUGCGUUGCUCUGUGGAAUAAACUGGAGCUGUCAGGGAGCCAGGAGCCGUGUGUUUGCACAUUCCCUAGUGUUUAAUGCAGCCCAUGCCUCUCCACAGAUUGUGUGGACAACACCACAGAACGACACAGAGCCUGCGACUCACCACAAGCGCAAGCCAAGAGGACAAUUCGGAGGGACUGCCGGAGAUUUGGGGGAGGCUUCCUGGACACUGAACGUGUACUAUGGGAGCAGCUCACGGGAAAAAGAAAGAAUAUUCUCUUCAGUCCACGUUUCCUAACGGAAGUGGGAAGCAUGUUGUCAACGGCUCAGCGUCUAUGUAUUCAGAAAUACAGAGGGAGCGUCCUGAGGUUAGGAAUUUCAUGUCUCACCCAGACUACAUAGAUGGAAAUCCGGAUCUCAUCAAACCUAAGAAGCUCCUAAAUCCUGUAAAAGCCUCGAAAAGCCACCAAGAGCUCCACAGAGAGCUGCUUAUGAACCACAAAAGAGGCUUGGGCGUGGAGAGCAAGCCAGAGCUCCAGCGAGUGCUUGAGCACCGACGCCGAAAUCAGCUGCUCCGGCAGAAAAAGGAAGAAGAAGAGGCAAAGAAAUUGCAGUCUCCAUUUGAACAAGAGCUCCUGAAGCGACAGCAGAGGCUGGAUCAGCUGGAGAGAGGACAAGAGAAGCAUGAAGAACAUGCACCAGAAUUUAUUAAAGUAAAAGAGAACUUGAGAAGAACAUCAACGCUAACUGGGGAAGAGAAAGUAGUGUAGCAUCUGCCAAACCUAAAUGGAGGAUCAUAUCAAGCUGGCGCUAAUACCUACACACUGACAGCUUUGUAUGUGGUGGACAUUUACAGCCAUGUCCUUGGGGCUACUUACUGUUACUAAUGCUUGCUCCAGUAGAAAUGCAUAAAAGGGCUUUCCCGUCCAGGACAGGGUAUUUAAAUGGUAAAGCUGCGGUACUUACCAGUAGAAGUACACACAUGAGGAGAUGUGGAAGCAGAUGAUGUCAUUCUCCCCUCAACUUGUGGGUUCAUGCUAACAUCCAUCCCUAUUAACUCUUGGUUAACCCCUUGAGAUACAGCGUAUGCUCAAGACAGAGGCAUUUAUGGAGUGACAGCUCUCCAACAGGUUUGGGAGACCCUCCUAAGUAAUCAUACCAGAUGAUCUCAGACCGGGUGGCUGCUGGUACUGAAAUCUACAGGAUAGCAACUGUAGCUUGGGAGGGCUUCCUGGAAACCUGCAGGUGACACCUUAAAGGGAUGAUCCUGCAUAUUGCUGGGAAUGGCCUGGGUGACGCGCAGGGACCAGCUGGGAGAGCUAUAGGGUGACUGUAAGAUUUAAGCCUUAGAGAAGCUGUGUGUCCUCGCAGUACUCCCAUGUUUAGCUGCUGUGAGAAACUCAAGUCCCAUAUCUGCGUGUUACUGAAUCAGCCUUGCCAAACAGGCUGGGACAGCUCUUUCCCGGGAUCGGUCCUGAAGUUACACUGAAAAUCUGUUAACGAACUAGGACGUAGCUACAUAGCAGGGAGCACGUUGGGCUGCACCACAGAGGCCACCCGGGUUUAAGGCUAAUGUUAGACACUUAAAGCAAAGACUGGGAGUUCUGAGCAUUAGUGUUAAUCAAACUGCACCCUGCGCAGCCAGAGAAGCUCAUACCGAGAGAGUCAGAGUGGCAGACACAUUGACUCUUCUCUCCAGAUUGUUGGGCUUUGGGUCCCCUCCCACCCGCUAGGCACCUGUUACUUGAACAGCUCUGAAAAGCGUGUUCCUGGUGCAUUACUUGACAGCUGGUGUAGGUGGGGUGGGGGGGUCAGUACAGAGCCCCUCAGACCUAGCAGCUGCUCGACUUAGUGCUACAGCAUAGCUGGGACCUGCACCAGUUUUUGUGACUGAGGAGCAAAUGUGGAUCACUGCAAAAUACUUGGUCAUGGCUCCUUUGUUAUCCUUCUCCCCUGGAGGCCUGUUAAGGGGAGAGCGGCCACGCUCAUUUGCCAUGAAUGCAGAGUAUCUUCUCGUGUUCAUGGUGGCAGAGGCCAGCGUGUGUUGCCAUGGAAGGUGGCGCCUUUGCAGUCAGAACUGCCGCACUCCUAACCAAACUUCAGCUCCCCCCAUGCCUGAACUUUGGGGAUGUUCCGAUCUGGAGCAAAAUCCUCUGGCUCGGGCGCAUCUUGGCUUCUUAUCGUUCACUGUGUCCCCGAU